CAAUUAUAAUUAUUAUAAAAGCAAGUGCAAACAUGGUGAAGAUCGUUGAGGCGGAGGCACAACAUCAUCCACACGCACUCUCACACACACACACACAUUCACACACGCAUCUGAACGCCGUCGGCGCAUUGAAUUUGAAUUUAAAUCUAACGCCGGCUACGCUGCUAAUGAAAAUGGCACGCACGCCGCAUCUGAAGAGCAGUUUUUCCAUCAAUGCCAUAUUGCCGGAGACCGUGGAGCAGGAUGAGCAGCAAAAGUUUAAUAAUAAUAAUAAUAAUAACAACAACAAUAGCUCGCCGCUGGGUUCGGAGCAGGACAGCGAUGUGGAAUCGGAUUUGGAUGUUACCUCCAUGUCGCCAGCGCCGCCAGCUGAUGCCGAAGAGCCUGAUCCGGAUGAUGAGGAUGUAGAUGAAGAUGUAGAUUGUGAUAAUGAUGCUGAGGGCGAUGGCGAUGCUGACUCGGAAACCAAAUCUACAGACGGCAAGCCCAUUAAGGAUAAAAAGGGCAAUGAAAAGCCGCCGUACAGCUACAAUGCGCUUAUUAUGAUGGCCAUACGGCAAAGCCAGGAGAAGCGUCUUACGCUCAACGGCAUCUACGAGUAUAUUAUGACCAAUCAUCCGUACUAUCGCGACAAUAAGCAGGGCUGGCAAAACAGCAUACGCCACAAUUUGAGUUUGAACAAAUGUUUUGUCAAAGUGCCGCGUCACUACGAUGAUCCCGGCAAGGGCAACUACUGGAUGCUGGACCCUUCGGCGGAGGAUGUUUUCAUUGGCGGCAGCACCGGCAAACUGCGUCGACGCACUACAGCCGCCAGUCGCUCACGCUUGGCGGCGUUCAAGCGUUCGCUGAUUGGUCCCAUGUUUCCUGGUCUGGCCGCCUACCCGCAAUUCGGACAGUUCCUCACUUAUCCUCAAGCGGCGCCCAGUCUGCUGGCCAGCAUGUAUCAGCGCUACAAUCCUUUUGCACCCAAGACUGCAGCGGCUGCAGGUUUGCUGCCCGGCAUGAUGGGCGUGGGUCAUCCAGCGGGUGCGCCCGCUGUUGCGCCACCGCCGCCUCCUUCUCAGUUUGUUAGCCCCGCCAGCAGCCAGGAGCUGUAUCAGCGCCUGCAAUAUCAACAGCUGCUGCAUCAACAUGCAGCCGCCGCCGCUUUAGCCGCUCACCAGCGGCAACUGGCAGCAGCGCCCGCCCAGCCACACAUAUCGCAUCUUGGCCAGCCGCCCGCCUCGCCGCCCAUUCAACAGCAGCAGCAACAGCCGCCCGCAGCGCAUCAGCCGCUGGGUUCGCCACCAGCAGCGCCAGCGCCAGCGCAUCAGCCGCUGCUCAAGCCCGUCACUGUGGUCAGUCGCAACAGCUAAAGCAGCAGCUGGAGCACAUGGCGCCCCCAAGCUUAGUUCAUAAGUAUUCAUUGUAUAUAGCAAGAGCCGCGACUGAGGCGCUAGACGCUUGUAAAUAGAGAGGGAGAGCGAGAGUUGGAGAAGAAGAGACCAAGAAGCCAGAGCUAGAAACUUCGGCUAGUCGAAGUUAAAAUAUUCUUGCAGAUCGCAUUAGAGUUCAAAUUAAAUUGAAAUAAAAACGAAAUAAACACUU